GCUAAGCAUGCUGUAAGCUGAAAACAAUUUACUUAAAAUAGUUUCGAUAUUUUCCAGAAAACUGUUUGCGAAAUACGCGAAACUUGGCCAAGAGACAAUGCAAUGAGUGGUAACGAGAAAUAACUGUUUUGACUAAAAUGCGAAAAGGGUCAAAAAGCGACGUUUGGCAAACCUCAAGCAACCCCUCGUAAAACCCUUUGAAGAGAGCUGAGCAACCCGCACUCGCAUCCGCAACAGUUUACAACCUAAGCGACUGCGACUGCGACUGCGACUGAGGCUGGAGAGACUGAGAUAGCAAUGGCUAGAGCGAGAGCGACUGCGUGUGCUGCUGUAAGGGAGAGACUCACCCCUUUGCCUUUGCCUACCUGCCACUGGUUGGUCGCCGCCAUUGCGUGCGAGUGCAAUGGGAAAUGAAUGAAGCUGCUGCUGCGUCGCUGCUGCGUCGGCGCAGCGUGCGUUGGCGUAUAAAAGGCCGUCGAGCUCUGCAGUCGAAAUCAGUGCACGUUGAGCAACGUUAGCGUUUGGACAUAGACAGUCAACGAACAUUUACACACACACCCACAGUAACACAGUUCUGAAGGAUUAGAAGCAGCAGCCACAAUGUUGAUGCACGAGAAACUCAUGACCGGGCAGUUCUUUGAUUUGAAGACUGAACGCAAACCUUUGCUACAUCAUCAUCAUCAUCAUCAUCACCAACAGCUGCCGCUCGCUCAAUUGCAGCAGCAGCAUCAACAGCAGCAGCAGCAAUCGCAACACCAUCAUCAGCAUCAGCAACAUUUGCUGUUGCCCAAAAUGGAUUUGUAUGCUGCAUAUGCCUAUCAGCAACAGUUGCUGGGCAAUGCUGCUGCUGCCGCUGCGCUUAACCAACAACAGCAGCAGCAGCAACAGCAACAACACCAACCAAUUGCGCUUGCUGCUGAGGUGUUAGAUUUGUCGCGUCGCUGCGACAGCGUCGAGACACCACGCAAGACGCCCUCACCAUAUCAGACCAGCUACAGCUACAGCAGCGGCUCACCCGCCGCCUCGCCCACUGCCAUUCCCAGCAAUCUCUUGUACUCGGCCCAGGCAGCAGCAGCCCAGCAUCAGCAGCAGCAGCAGCAACAACUAUCCACACUUUAUCCAGCGCUCUACUAUGGCGCCAACAUCAAGCAAGAGCCAGCAGGAGCAGCAGCAGCAACAGUUGCAGCCAAGCAGAGCAGCAGCAACAGCAACAACAACAACAACAACAAUGUUGCUGCCACUGCCAGCUUGCUGCAGACUUUUGCUGCUGCCUCAGCUGCCGCCGCCGCUGCUGCUGCCGUUUCGGGGCUAUCGCCGCGUCCAGCCAGCAACGCCAGCACCAUGCAGAUUGAUGUGCUAGAAGCACCACAAUCCCCGCCAGCAGCCAACGCCAGCGACAGUCAGCAGCAGCAGCUGAGCAACAGCACCACACCCACCAGCAGCAUCGCCAACUUGGCCGCUGGCAACGACUCGGCCAAGAGCACACGGCCCUUCAAAGCCUUUCCACGCGAUCCACUCGUCAUUGCCGCCAACUUUGCCGCCACCGAUGUGCUGCUCGACAAUCCGCGCGUGGAACGCUAUACGGAGUACCGCAAGCGUGUGCUGGAGCAGAUACGCAGCUCCAAUGGCGGCGCUCGCACCGUCACCAAUCCCAAAAUGCGCCGCACCAACUCGCGCAGCGGCAGCGUUAACGAGGGCAGCUCCUCCAACAACAACAGCGAAAGUGAGGAUCGCGCCGCAGCCGAGGAGUCCAGCGACUGUGACUCGCAUGCCGGCAACUUCGAUAAGCUAACAGCAGCCACUGGCUCAUCGACAUCAAUGGCUGGCAGCAAUGCAACAUCUGGCCAUGGUGGUCAGGUCAAAGAUGCCGCCUACUAUGAGCGACGUCGCAAGAAUAAUGCGGCAGCUAAGAAAUCGCGCGAUCGUCGCCGCAUCAAGGAGGACGAGAUCGCCAUUCGGGCCGCCUAUCUGGAGCGACAGAAUAUCGAGCUGCUCUGCCAAAUAGACGCACUGAAGGCGCAGUUGGCCGCAUUUACUGCCAAAAUGGCAGCCUAAUGCAUCUCGACCUGCCAAUCGCUGCUUUUUGCGUUGAACGCCUGCAAACAAUUCCUUUCUUUUUUUUUUUUUGAACGAGGGGUCAGCUUAUCUGUGAAUAUUUUACCGAGCAACAACUACAACACACACACAC